AUGCUCGGCACGCCAUGCAAGGAACUGGCCACAAAGACAGCACCCAAUGAUUUUAAGGAUUGCAACAAGAUCUUUGAUAGUAGCUUACUAUUUAUUCAACACCAGAGAAUUCAUACAGGGGAGAAACCCUACAAAUGUGAGGAAUGUGGUAAGGCCUUUAGUGCUCACUCAACACUUUCUUUACACCAGAGACUUCAUACUGGAGAAAAACUCUACAAGUGUAAAGAUUGUGGUAAGAUAUUCAAUACUUGCUCUAAACUUUCUAUUCACCAGAGACAGCAUACUGGACACAAACCCUACAAGUGUGAAGAAUGUCAUAAAGCCUUUAGUACUACUUCAACACUCUUUAUACACCAGAAAAAGCAUACUGGAGAAAAACCUUACAAGUGUGAAGAAUGUGGCAGAUCAUCUUACUAUCCUUCAAUGCUGAAGCAACAUCAAAGAAGUCAUUCUGGAGAGAAACCCUACAAGUGUGAAGAAUGUGGCAAAGCAUUUUAUGAAUCUUCAUUCCUUAAGAAACAUCAAAGUGUUCAUUGUGGAGAGAAACUCUACAGGUGUGGCAAGUGUGGAAAACAUUUUUCCUAUUCUUCAGACUGUAAAAUAUUUCAAAGAAUCCACCUGAAGACAAUCCCUAUAAGUUGUGAGGAGUAUGGCAAAAAGUUUUCCUGUCCUUCAAAGCUAAAGAGACAUGAAAGAAUUCACACUGGGGAGAAAUCCAACGUAUGUGGAGUGUGUGGUAAGAUCUUUUGUACUCAUGCAGAACUUUCUGUACAAAAGAGAUCUCAUACUGGAGAGAAACAGCAUAAAUGUGAGGAAUAUGGAAAAACCUUUUGUUUGCCCUCAUACCUUCCUCUGCACAAAGUAUGUCACACUGAUGAGAAAUCUUACAAGUGUGAAAAAUGUGGCAAAAGGUUUUUCUCUACUUUAGACCUUAAAAAACACCAAAUAAUUCAUACUGGAGACAAACCAUACAAGUGUUAAGAAUGUCACUAAGCCUUUCAUAAUCAAUCAGCCCUUAAUACACACAAGACAGUUCACACAGGAGAGAAACUUUACACAUGUCAAGAAUGUGGCAAAGUCUUUACCUAUUCUUCAGACCUUAAAAGACAUUGA